GUCUGCAUGCAGGGCGGCAUCCACCCCUCCUUCACCGCCUCCACCUACCGCCGCCUGCUCUCAGCCGCCCGCUCCGCCGCCCCCCGCCUGCACGUGCACGCGUUCAGCCCGCUGGAGGUGCACGUGGGGGCAGGCAGUGCGGGGCUGAGCUACGAGCGCUACCUGGAGCAGCUGGCGGAGGCGGGUCUGGGCAGCCUGCCCGGUACGGCAGCCGAGGUGCUGCACGACAGUGUACGACAGCUGCUGUGUCCGGACAAGAUCGACACGGCGACCUGGUGCAAGGUCAUCUCCGCGGCUCACCGCGUGGGCUUGCGCACCACCGCCACCCUCAUGUUCGGCAGCGUGGAGGAGGGGCCGGCGGCCUGGGCGGCGCACCUGGACACGAUCAGGAG